AUGAGGAGGGCCGGGGGAGCCUGGUCGGCGGAGCUGCUGGGGCUCAGUCGCCGAGGUGGCGGCGGCUCUCCCGAACCCAGCGAGGUCGGUGAGGGCUCGGAAGACGCCGGACAUCGCGCCCAGAGGCUCCUCGAGAAGCAGCGGAAGAAGGAGGAGGCCGACGCGGCGCGGAAGGCGGCCGAGGAGCGCAUGAAGGCUCGGCCGAAGCUGGAUGGCUUCUUGGAGGCACGGGUCCAGCAGUUGGUGGCCGAGGCGCUUCUAAGCCGUUCCUCGGCCUCCACGGGCGUCGAGGUGCAGAAGGAGCUCGAGGAUCUCAGGGGCCAGGUCUCCGAGCAGGGCAAGGUAAUUCAUCUGCUUAUCAGCCUUCUUUUGCGGGCAAGAGCGCAGGAGAUUUCACAGCUCAAGGAGCGACUUCAGACAGCUGAGGGCCUGGUAAAGAAGCUGGCGGGUGAGGCGAGAGGCGUGAGAGCGGCCCAGCCUUCGGGAAGUGGGGACAUCGCCUCCGAAGGAGGGAAGGAGCUGCAGGGCAAAGUUACUCUGAAGGUGGGCUCACAAAAGUUUUCGACUUCUGCCGAAACUCUCAAGAUCUUUCCGGAGUCCUGGUUCGGUCUCUUGGCUUCUGGUCGCGUUGCGCACAAGGUGGAGUCGGACGGGAGUAUUUUCGUUGAUGCGAGCAGCAAGGCCUUCCCACACGUGCUGGAGUACCUCAGGUGCGGGGGUAAAGGCUUUACGAUCAAGAACGUAUCUGCAGCACUACGAGAUGAGCUCCUUCGCCAAGCGGACUUUUUCAUGCUGCCUGGGUUGGAGAGAAUUCUGCGAGGCAUUCAUGUCUGCACCUCGCAUAAUAUGGCCAUUGAGGACAAUGGAACCUUGCUGCAAGGGAAGGAGCACUCUGCUGCAACACUGGAUGUGCCAGAUCCGGACCACUUUCAAGUCACGUGUUCAUUCAAAAAUGGCAAGGCCUAUAGCGGAUGCAGGUCUUUGUUGAUCGGGGUUGCCCCCAUUGAUGCGGCUUUAGAAACUUUAGAUUGCAAUUGGGAGAGCAGACCGGAUGGUCCUGCUCAAGUUCAGCGUAUCACUACUGCGCCGACCAUCGCGGAUGCCGGCCUCUUUGUGUGUGUUGGGGCCGAGUUGCUGGAGCUGCUGUAUAGGUCUAGGCAGUCUGAUGUCGAACCUCAAACAUACAGAAUCGACUCGCGUAGCAGAAUGGAAUCCGUGAAGGUGUGCUUCGAAAGAACCGGUGAGAUGUGCAAGAUUGCUUUCCGUGUCACGUAUUGGGCCGCGCAGCCGCACAAGUGGCUCAAGUUGAACAGCACUCCCAGCGUCAGGUCUUGGGACGUGACAACGGCAGAUUUCGGCUUGGCAGCCCAGUCUGACUAUCGGCCCAUGCUGUUCUUUGAAAAGCCAGGUUGGGUAAAGAUCGACAAGGAGCACCUGGCGGCCAUGAAGGAGAUGGGUGAGGAGCUGAAGAAGGCGAAAGCUGCGCUGAAGGAUGCAGAGACGCAGGCGUCGCAGAUGAGGAUCAAGCUGGAGCAGGCGGAAGCCGGCUCGAAGUCCGCGGAGAAGGCACGGGCGACCGCCGAGAAGAAGCUUGCCAACGCGGACCAGGAGCUCCGGUCGCUGCGCAACGACCCGGUCUUUGACCAGGUGAACAUGCUGCGCGACAACGUGCGAAACCUGGAGAAGGAGGCUGAGGAGCUGCAGCAACAGGUGGCAGAAAAGGAAGAACUUCUCUCGGCCGCCUACGAGGCGAAGGCUCUGACCGAGCAGGAGCGGGACCAGGAGGUUUCAGCUCUGAAAGAGGCCAUUACCCGCCAUUACCUGCCAUUACCCAUCAUUUCCGCCUUUACCCACCACUACUCACCACUCCCACUAGCGCCCACCAUUACCCGUCUGACAACUUCAUGUCGACCGCCUGUUCCCAGAAAUUUCUGGCUGGAUGUAAUACUUGGUAUUUCGCGAAACAAAUGCAUGUAUCCAAGCGGUGUGCUAUGA